AUGGAAGGGGCAGGGCCCUGCUCCCCUUGCCAUUCCCUUGUGGACCAGAGCCUGUUUGAGAACGCCAGCGCGGCAGCGGCUCCGCGCCCGCAGCCGCCGCGCCCCGCCGGCAGCCAGCACCUCCGCAACCUGGGCAAGGCGGUGGGGGCCAAGGUGAACGACCUGCUGCGCCGCCGGGAGCCGCCCGGGCUGCCCGGCCCCGGCGUGACCGAGGUGAACGCCAGCGCCGGCGCCGUGCUGCGCGGCGGGCAGCCGGCUGCAGAGGAGGGGGCCGUGGGGCUGGAUGCUUUUCCCCGCCUGGACCCCCCACCCUCCAUCAGCAGGAAGCGGACCCCACGUGCCCUGAAGACCCCACAGGACAUGCUCAUCGCACCCCAGCCCGCAGGGACCGGCCGGAGGAGCAGCCUGGAAGAGCCUUCUGAGCCACCCCCAGCCCCCUCCCGCCCUGCAGGGGAGCAGCUGGGCACGAGGGACCCAUCUCCUCCAGCGUGCCCUGCUGUACCCACCGCGACGGGCACCCCAGAGCCCAAGGAGGAGCAGCCCUCUGCUGCCCUCCCCGUGCCCGACCUCAUCCAUAAGGGCAGCCUGGACAGCCAGCGGCAAGCAGGAGAGAGGGCUCCUGAGACCUCACCUCACACCGAGAAGCCCUCCCAGAGACCUGGGCCGGAGCACGAGCCGCCGGGGAGCACGGGGCGGCAGGAGCCAUGUUCUCCGAGCCGGGAGCUGGAGGGGCCCCAUCCUGACCUACUGUCCUUUGAGUAG